GAUAGAUAGAUAAAUUUUAGAGAACGGAGAUAAGUAAAUAAAAUCUUUUUUACAAGGAAAUAAAUCCAAUAAUAUUUUUUCUACAAAGUUUGACGAUGAUGAUAUAUUUUAUCUUUUUAACCGACUUCCCGGGAAAGGGGGUUAUCAAUUCGGAUGUUUUGUAUUUUUUUUAUUAAUACUUAGUAUUCCAUAUCUCAGUUGUUUACCGUCCGAUUUCUUUAAAAUUUAGCAAAUUAGUAUUUAUUUAAAAGUUGUAACCUAAGAUAGUUGUACUUAUAAUUUCAUUAUUACGCCGGAUUGUCGUGUUUUAUAUAAUAAUGAUAUAUUAUUUAUUAAUAUUGUCGUGUCUGUGCUGUGUUUGUGUGAACAGCCAUUUAGAUUUGGACGAAGGCUCUGAAUGCAUUUCAAACGUCACGAGUAAGGGCCAAAAUGGCCGAUGUGUUAAUAUACAUAGAUGUCUGGGCUAUCUAAUAGACAGAAGGCAAAAUAAACAAUCACCGAUAUGUUCAUAUCAAGGCGAGACGCCGAUAAUAUGCUGUACCGAUUGCAACCUGGUUGAGGAUAUGAGGAAAAUGAUAAUAAAUGAGCAAUUGGGUUUUCUCUACAUUACUGGAAAGAAAGCUGAAGACGCUUGCACAAAGUUUAAAAACGAAGUGGAUUAUGACUGCAAACACAGAAAAGGAGGGUGGUGGUAUAAUCAGCUUAACAGAUACUAUCGAUAUCGCAGUGCAUGUUGGAAUGUGGUCUUAGAUGUCUUCGUGGAAAGACCCGCCAUCCUUGGUAAAGAGGCUGAAAGAUACCAGUACACACAUAUGGCUCUGCUCGGGUAUGGCACAGACAUGGACUCAGCUCUCUGGCUCUGUGGAGGCUCUGUGAUCAGUGAGCGCUACAUCCUCACGGCUGCCCACUGCAUGUCACAGCCCAGCGUAGGGCCCGUGAAGUACAUAGCGCUCGGCAUCCUCCGACGCUCCGACCCUCUGGACAUGUGGCAGAGGUACAACGUGAGGAGGGUGGUACCUCACCCGGAGUACCAGUCGCCUUCCAAGUACCACGACAUCGCGCUGCUCGAGACUGAUACUGAGAUUUCAUUCAACAAUGCUGUGCAUCCAGCGUGUCUACACACGAAGGGAGAGGCUGAUGAGGUUCUGACGUUCACUGGGUGGGGUGCCCUGGGUCACAGACAACCGCUAGCUGAUACAUUACAAACUUUGAACAUCUCAAGGUUCAGCGAAGAAGAAUGUAAGCAGCACUACCCCCCACACAGACAUCUUCUGCAAGGAUACAAUCACACCACACAGAUGUGCUACGGAGACAGAGUGACCGUGGCUGAUUCCUGCGAGGGUGACAGCGGUGGUCCACUUCAGUCAAAAACUCUAGACGAGCAUCACUGCGUGACGACCGUGGUCGGAGUGACGUCAGCCGGGAAGCAGUGCGGCAUCACUGCUGGCUCCGGACUGUACACCAGGGUCAUACACUACGUGCCCUGGAUCGAGAGCGUCGUCUGGCCUUGAAGAGCAACGCCUGGGAAGACUGAAGCCUUAUCAUUAGAGCAAACUAUGUAGU